AUGACGACGUCGAAGCAAAUAGGCCCAUUUGCCCAGGCGUGGUACAAGUGGAAGGCAUUGCGCCUCCCCUGGCGGCGGCGCUUCUUCAUCGGCUUCGACCUCCAGGGCAACACCUUCUGGGAAUUCCGCCACCACCGCGGCGCCUCGGACUCGGGCGAGCGCUGGCGCCGCAUCGUCUCCUACCCGCGCUCCACGCACCUCUCCUCCGUCAAGGUCAGCCCCCAGUGGCACCAGUGGCUGCGGCACGCCCGCCGCGAGCCGCCCUCGCUCGACGAGCAGCGCGCCGAGGCCGUCCGCCAGGAGCGCAUCAAGCUGCUCGCCGCCCAGGCCGACGCCCGGUGGGAGGCCAAGCCCAGGGUCAUGGAGGAUCCGCUGCAGCCGAUGGCGCGGGAGCGGCAGAGGUUGCCUUUGGCGGCUGAUGAGGGCGCAGGGGUGAAGGCAGCAGACGCAACGGCGGAGACGACGACGACGACGACGAACACGGAACCAGCUCAAUCGAACAAGGCGGAGAGCGAGAAGCCGAAACCAAAGGCCAGGAUCAAGCAGGACGUAAAGGAUCCUUGGGCCAGAGCAGUACCUCAGGCGCCCGGCGAGAAAUGGCAGCCGACGGCGUGGGAUCCAUCGGCCGCGAAGACGAGACGAUGA